CUUUCACUGCGUACGAGUCUUUCUUUCUACCCACAUUCUAAAAGCCCAAGAAAAAUAACAUCUGUUGCUAAAUCCUAUAUGUGUGGCCACAAACCCCUGAUAAAAAAAAACACAAACUUUAUCCAAUUUCCGGUCAAUUCACCCAACCCAGUUGGGGAUUUUGUCAAAUUCUGUUUCUUUUUUCAGAAAUAACACGACCCACAUCUUUCUUUUCGGCUGUAUGACUUAAUUGCAGCUAUGCAGUCAUCAUCUUCGUCUUCAUCGUCAUCUGUAGCUUUAGAAACCAAUAAUGCCUUCAAUAUUCUAUCCAAAUUGAGCAACUUUGCAUUUGAUUUCAACUCUAAUCGGUUGAGUUUAGAUGGGUAUUCUUCGGUUCUGUCUAAUGUUCAAUCCGAUAGAAAAUAUGUAAAUUUUUGGGCUGGUGGGAGAAGUAGGUCAUCAAAGAUUGUUGGGUCUUUGAGUUCAGGGGGUAAAGGUGGGUCUAGUAUUAAUAAGUUCUUUAAUGAGUUCAACAAGUUUAUUCGGUUUCAUUGCGAUAAGAUUCCGCUCGGGUUCGCAUCGGUUAAGGUUAAUUCAGGGAGUGAUUGUAGAUUAGGAGGGGAGAAUGAGGGUGGGUUGGAGGAUGGGACAUUGCCAUUGAGUGGUUAUGAGUCUAAUGGUAAGAAAAAGGUGCUCAUUUUGAUGAGUGAUACAGGUGGUGGUCAUAGGGCUUCUGCCGAAGCGAUAAAAUGGGCGUUUAAUGAGAAGUUUGGUGAUGAUUAUGAGGUGUUUGUGACUGAUUUAUGGACGGAUCAUACGCCGUGGCCGUUUAAUCAGUUGCCGAGAAGUUAUAACUUUUUGGUUAAACAUGGAUCGUUGUGGAGGAUGACGUAUUAUGCUUCUGCUCCUCGUGUGGUUCAUCAGUCGAAUUUUGCUGCCACCUCGACGUUUAUAGCACGAGAGGUUGCAAAAGGUCUAAUGAAGUACCAACCAGAUAUUAUCAUCAGCGUACAUCCUCUAAUGCAACACGUACCUCUUCGUAUCUUGAGGUCAAAGGGUCUUCUAGACAAGAUUGUAUUUACGACCGUUGUUACCGAUUUAAGCACGUGCCAUCCUACAUGGUUUCAUAAGCUUGUAACAAGAUGCUAUUGCCCGACAGAAGAGGUGGCAAAACGGGCCUUAAAAGCUGGGCUUCAAUCUUCUCAGAUAAAAGUUUAUGGCCUCCCUGUUCGACCUUCUUUUGUUAAGCCGCUUCGGCCCAAGGUUGAACUGAGGAGGGAGCUUGGUAUGGAUGAAGGUCUCCCUACGGUGUUACUGAUGGGUGGUGGGGAGGGGAUGGGGCCCAUUGAGGCUACCGCUAAAGCACUUGGGAAUGCGUUAUAUGAUGAAUAUCGUGGUGAGCCAAUUGGUCAGGUACUUGUAAUUUGUGGUCGUAACAAAAAGCUUGCCAAUAAGUUGCUUUCAGCUGAGUGGAAGAUUCCCGUUCAGGUGAAGGGGUUUGUCACUAAGAUGGAAGAAUGCAUGGGUGCUUGCGAUUGUAUUAUUACCAAGGCUGGUCCGGGAACCAUUGCAGAAGCUAUGAUCUGUGGACUCCCGAUAAUCCUAAACGAUUACAUUGCUGGGCAGGAAGUUGGGAAUGUACCAUAUGUGGUGGAAAAUGGGUGCGGAAAGUUUUCAAAAUCGCCAAAAGAGAUUGCAAAUAUUGUCGGUGAAUGGUUUGGUCCAAAAGCGCAUGAGCUGCAAGCUAUGUCACAAAAUGCACUGAGGCUGGCAAGGCCUGAUUCGGUUUUCAAAAUCGUUCAAGAUCUUCACGAGCUUGUUAAACAAAGAAGUUUAAUAAUGCAACAUUCGGCUGCAACUUAGCCACUUAGGUGAGAUUGGUUUUAAAGCUACUUGUGUAACCAAAACAAAUUUUGACAUUUGUUGUAGCAAGUUAUGCUUUAGUGGGAUUUUCUUACAGCGAGCUUAUAAGUGGACAUCGCACAAAAUGGUGCUUGAUGAACAUCAAAACUAUAUGUUUUGAAACAUUUAUUAACGUUGUAUGUAGGAUUUGAGUUACUUGCCGAAAAUUCAUAAACAUUGUUCGUUGAUUUUGAAACA